AUGUCACGAAUAUCGACAAAUCUACUAGAUCUGGAGCGGGAAAUAGAGAAUAAGAUAGUAGUGGUCGCUGAUUACGAGGAGGCGGUGGCGCGACUACACGACACGGUUGGAGACGAUUGGAAUUGGAUCCUCAAUACCACACUCCAGCAGGGUAAAGCAAGCCUAAAAGAAUUGGAGGAUCAGUAUAUGCGCAUUGCGUUGAGGCACCAUGGUCGACGUCUUCACGAAGAUUCCUACGUACCGACAAUCUCAAUCUCAGAACUCAGGCGAGUCAUCUAUGCAGAGUCAGACGCUUGGGAUGAUCUGGUCGCUCACCUGAACACAUGGGAAAGGAUUGACGACAAAAGGAUACGCCUGGAGCGGGAGCUUCGCGACAAGCAGCAAUCCAAGCAACGAAGCGUGGUCCGGGAGAUCCAGGACGACAUCAGGGACAAUACAGAGAGGCUUGAAGGGAUAGGACUCGAGUGGCAGCACCUUCUAGCAAGAGCAUAUAGAAAGAUGACGGCGGCGAAUCGCGCAGCAAAGAGUCAUCUAAAAGAGCCAGGCUUUGGCAGAUGGGCUCCUGUGCCUGCGCCCGUCCCAGUCACUGCUACACCCGAAUCUGCUAGCAUCGCAGUCGCUGAUGCUUCCACACCAACAACUGUCGCAAUCACCGCUGCGCAAGUCAGGGUCUCAGACAUACCUGCCCAGGUGGAAGCUGCCGCUAGAGAUAUACAGAUGAGCACAGCUUCUGGUGUUGUGACUUCAGGUUCCAGAACCAAGACCGCUAUCAUCAAGUUAGACGAGAGACUGUCGAGCCUCAUACUCUGUCCCCGACUGAGCCAAUAUGCAGAUGUCAAGCCCGUUCCCCAGGAAAAUUUCAGUGUCGGUGACAUCGGCUGGUUCCCUGUUCUGCGUCCCUCCUUGUCGGUGUCUUCCUCAGACAUCCACACUGAGUUCGGUUACAUUUGCGCCAAAUCAUAUCCAGUCGUCAUUGUGGAGUACCUGGAUGACUGCAUGUUGGGUCUGAUCAUCUCCACGUCACAUGGAAACGGUUUGCGGUUGAAAGGCGAAUCUGUUAGAGAUCGAAGCGUCCCCGUCGUCGACCAGUCUUCACGUUUCCCCGUACCCGACCCGUCUAAUUGGGGCGCCGAUCUUUCUCCCAGGCAAACAAUUCGUGUCGAGAACCUCAAUGGUCAAUAUCGUCCUCCCGCAAGCGCUUACAUCGACAUGCUAAAUGCGAUCAUGAUACCUUAUGACUCAAGGUUUCAAAAGGAGGGGGCUAUAGUGAAGGACGACGUUCUUGCUUUGCAGCGUAUGAGACUGUCGGCUCUCCUUAUGAACUCUGACGCUGGAGGAUUUGGAAGUUGCAGCAGUCUCUGGAAUUACUGGACAGGAUGGUUGAGAGACGUGACUGGCUUUGAAAAUUAA